AUGGCCAAUGACACUGAAGAACUUAUUGGGAUCCCAUUCCCGAACCACAGCAGUGAAGUCCUAUGUGGUUUAAAUGAGCAGCGGCAUGACGGUCUCCUCUGCAAUGUCAUCCUCAUUGUAGAGGAUCAGGAGUAUCGGACCCAUCGGUUCGUCCUUGCUGCCUGCAGCAAGUACUUCAAAAAACUCUUCACUACCGGCACUUUAACAGACCAGCCCUAUGUUUAUGAGAUUGACUUUGUCAAUCCUGAAGCACCUUCUGCCAUCCUGGAGUUUGCCUACACCUCAACCCUCACCAUCACCACUUCAAACGUCAAGCACAUCCUCAGCUCUGCCAAGAUGCUGGAGAUCCAGUGCAUUAUCAAUAUAUGCCUUGAAAUCAUGGAGCCCAACAGAGAGGCGGAAGAGGAAGAUGACAAAGAGGACGAAGCUGACAACGAAGAUGAAGAUGAGGAGGGAGAGGAGGAGGAGGAAGUAGAAGAUUUUGUCAAUCAGGAAAAUCUAACCAAUGUCCAAGAAGUAAGCUGUCACCAAAGCCCUUCUAAGUCUGAUCUUACCGAAGAAGCAUAUAGACCUAAAGACUUUCCAAAUUACUACCCAGCCAAUAACUCCUCUGGACACUUGGGUGUGAUACGAGACUUCUCCAUCGAGUCCUUGCUAAGGGGAAACCUGUACCCUAAGGUGAACAUCCCAGAAAGGAGUCCAGCUCUCUCUCCUUUUGCCCCCAGCUUCUUCCCCCAUCUGUGGAAUGGUGAUUUUAGCUCCUUCUCCCAGCUCGAGGAGUCCCAAGUAGACAACAGCCCCUUGGAUCUGGUGAUCAAAAAGAGGAAGAUCAAGGAAGAGGAGGAGAGGAAGAUCAAGGAAGAGGAGGAGAAGGAAGACCUGCCUCCACCACCUUUCCCUAAUGACUUCUUCAAGGACAUGUUUACCAGCACUCCAGCAGCUCCCUUAGGGCACAUUAAGGCAGAGACUGACUACAGCGCUUAUCUCAAUUUCCUAAGUGCUACCCAGUUCAGAGGAGUUUUUCCUCCAUGGCCCCUGGAGGAAGAGAGGAAGAUAAAGCCCAAGGCAUCCCAGCAAUGCCCCAUCUGUAACAAAGUCAUCAUGGGGGCUGGCGAGAUGCCCAGGCACAUGAGGACCCACACAGGAGAGAAGCCGUAUAUGUGCAAUAUCUGUGAAGUCCGCUUUACCAGGU